AUGGACAGGCUUUCGGGAGUGGCGACGCGCUCAGCAGAGAGCACAAAGAGCUGUGGAUUCAAAAGACUCCCCUUACCGUCGUUCACGGUGGGCGUGCUGGGAAACUUCAAGUUCGAGAAGGUCCACGUCGAACACAACGCCAACUUGAGCUUCUUCACUCUGGAUUCUCUCACGACUUUCAAAGAGUUGCUCAACGUGCUCAGUUUGUACGGCAACGCACUGCAGACGUUCGAAUUCGACAAGCUGCUUCGUUUCCCGUAUCUCGUGAGUCUCAACCUCGGAAGGAACCGGCUGAGGAGCAUCCCGGCCAACGCAUUCCGCAGCAUCCGCCUGCAUAAGCUGGGGCUCAGGGAAAACCCCAUCACUUCCAUCGGGCAACGGGCUUUCUACGCUCUACCCAAUCUCAAGGAACUUGACCUCAGUCGUACAAGGCUCAACACCUUGGGCCCAUACUCACUGUCCAUACUGAGGGCACACCCGGAACUCAGGAUCCAGCUCAACGAUGCUGAUAUUUCAGUCAUCCACUCGAGUGCUUUUGACUAUGCGGCACCUCUUGUGCUCAACCUGGCUAACAACAGCCUGGCUACUCUGGAACAGAACCCUUUCGAGCCUCUCAUCGGGCGCAUGUACCAGAAUGCAAAAAAAUUCAAUACUAUACCUCUCGUCAGCGUCGCAGGAAAUCCUCUCACGUGUCGUGGCUGCGCGUACAAGUGGCUGGUACCGCACAGGUACUCCACGCUGGUGCGGGCCAUUCUACAUGGCUUUCGGUGUCCCGACGGCUUCGGUCUGACCAGCAUUAGUGAUCAGAAAAUUGCCUGCUGGAAGAACUUCUGGAACUUCGCGAACAUCGGCUAGUUAUUUAAACCGCGUAGUACCUACGCAUCAAUCAUCACAAAACAAAAUAAACAUCACUGCCAUGAUCCCCCUUA